AUGCUACUGGAACACAUUGUCGGGGACUUACUCCUCGGCUGCACCGUGGUUCGCAAACGGCAAGAGUUCUCCACUGCUAGCAAGAUCGCGUGGUUCUCUUAUUCAUCACCGUCCGUACAUCAGCUUCGCUGCUCCCCUGUCGCCGGACAUCAUCAAUUCCUGCACUGCGGGAUACAGGAGGAGCGUGAGCGUGGCAUGGGCAGGGGCAAGAGCAAGAGCCGCACCCCGGAGGUUGAAAGGGUUGGAUUUGAGGCGCCUGAGAAGAUCGGUUCUGGGAAUGAGGGUGGAAUGGGAGAGGGUGAAGGAACGGGGUGUGUUGGUGGUGGGGUUGGAGAGGGAGCAAAGGCAGUAAUGGGGGAGGAGGAAAAGGGAAAAGUUGGAGUGGGAGGCGAGGAGGACAAGGGAGAAAAGGGAAUCGAAAAUGGUGGUGAGAGUGGGAAUGGACAUGAGAAGGAGGGGGAGAGCGGGAAAAUGGCGUUGGAGAGUGGCGGUUGCGAGGAGGGAGACACUGUGGUUGGAGGGAAAAUGGGAAACGGGGAGGUGGAAAGAGGGGAAGAAGGGGGAAAGAUGGUUGAGGGAGAGGGAAAUGGGGUUGAGGGAGAGGGUAAGGGAGGUGAGGGAGAGGAAAGAGGGGACGAGGGAAAGGGGAAAGUGGAAGAGAGAGAGUAUGGGGCUAAUAAGCGGGAAGCUUGA